AUGAUAAGCAAUGAGAAUGAGAAAAGUGCUGGGAUGAAAGAGGCCAGAAUUGGCAUCAGAAUCGAGUCACCAAAUGGCCAAUACAUAAAGAUGAGCAGCAAGCCAUCCAACAAAGUGAAGAAGGUUCUUGAGGCGUAUUGCAAGUCAAACAAUGUGGAGGCGAGCAACUACAGGCUCGUGUUCAAGAACCAGUUUCUAAAUGAUGAUUAUACGCUGAAAUCGUAUGAAAUUGGGGAUGGUGAUAUCAUCUACGUGAUGCCACAGCAGACUGGUGGAUGUGUUUAG